GAGAGAGAGAGAGAGAGAGAAGGAGGAGAAGGCAGUGUAGGUUUGAUCAGUGAAGCGUCAGACGGCAGGGCAGUAUGUUUGGCGGGUGGUUGGUGGUGGCGGUGUUUGUGGCGGGGACAGACGCCGGGUCGUUGCUACAUGAAGGUGGCGCUGACUAUGUUUGGCGGGCGGCAGGGGAUCUGGGGGCCUUGUACCUCCCCCUGGCUGUGUCUCCCUCUAGUCCCUGCGGGAGGGCCAUGGGUGAGAUGGCCACGGCUCUGGAAUCCAACGAGAUCUCUGCUAUGUGGGCCAAGCACAUGAUUGAUUCGUGGGGAAAGACAACGGACGGACAGUACUUUUUCAACCCAUUCAAUGGCUUCUAUGACGAGUGUGUGACCGCCGCCUCUCCCGGUGGAAGAAUUAAGGGCAAACACUGCAGGAUAUAUACAAGAGUUACCACCAGCACCAGGGAGGGAGAGAGUACAGUGCCGGACACAGACCCUGCCGCUGAGUACCUUGCCUUCCUCCGCCGCCAUGUUGGUAAGCCGGACCCGGCACUGCUGGGGAGCCUGGCACGGGAGCCUCGCAUGGGUGUGAUGCCCUUAGCAGUGCCAUUCGGAAAUGUGCAGUACGACACGUGCAUGCCGGAUGUGUGCACCAAGGAGGAGCUGCAGAACAGCCUGUUGCAAGCGUUCUUGCCACAUGGAGUCUUCCCUUCUGUGGUGGUAUGUUCUGUACAGGAUGAACGAGUGGAGUUCACAGACGGCGAUGUUGGCUUUAUGUCUCUGGUGAGCUUCCUGCUUGGUCUGGUGGUCUGUUCCUCAGUGGUGGACAUCUAUCUGCACUACACCGACAGCCAACACCUGGCCAAAGGUGUGCUUCGUUACCUGCUGGUAUUCUCCGCCUACACCAACUUGGCCAAGAUACUCCAGGUGAAUCCCAAGGCUAGUCCGGGAAAUAUCACCUGCCUGCAUGCAAUGAGAACGCUUUCGAUGGUGUGGGUGAUUUGGUGCCACCAGCAGAUGACGCCUCUUAUCAACAUGGCUAAUAUUAUAACCUUUAUUAUGAGCUUCAAGAACAUCCUGGGCCAGGCAAUUAUGAACGGCUACCCCAGUGUGGACACUUUCUUUUUCCUAAGUGGGCUGCUCGUCACCUACAGCUUAUUGAGGCAGUCCAAGAGGACCAACACCUUCAAUCUGCCUCUCUUCUAUGUGCACAGAUUCAUGCGGCUGGUGCCCCCCAUUGGCCUGACGGUGGGUUUGUAUGCCACUGUGAUGCGGUUCGUGGUGACUGGACCCAUUCAGUCUGUAUGGAGCUCCUUCUUCUACCCGACAUGUCAACAGUACUGGUGGAGGGACGUGUUCUUCCUGGACAACUUCUACUUCGAUAGUGCUGUCUGUGUGGGGCAGGCGUGGUACCUGGGGGCUGACAUGCAGCUGUACUUGGUGGCUCCACUUAUCAUCCUCCCUCUCUACUUCACCAAAAGUUUCGGAAAGGCUUGGCUGUUCCUGGUGACUGCUUUGUCUGCCAUCGUUCCUGCUGCAAUUAUUUACCACUACGACCUUCCUCCUACAUAUGUCAAUAAUCCUCUAGUCAUGCCGGAAAAGACUGAUGGAUACACCAAUAAGAUUUAUCCCAUGCCCUGGACACGCGCUAGCCCGUGGUUGGCUGGUGUGUGGCUGGGCUACAUCUUCUACAAACAAGGCAACACCAAAUACAAGAUGAAUGCUCUGACAGUUUGUGUAGGUUGGACGGUGGCUACUAUCACGGGGCUGCUGGUGGUGUUUGGCAUGUUCAGCUACAACAGGGUGGUGGUGCCCAUGCCAUAUGAAGUGAUGACGCAGGUGGUGUAUGGCGGCGGGCAUCGGCUGGCAUGGGGUGCGGUGCUGGCGUGGGUGGUGUUUGCCUGUCACAAUGGUUAUGGAGGUGUGGUGAACGGGUUCCUUUCUCACCCGGUGUGGCAACCUGUCAGUCGCCUCACCUACACCACCUACCUGCUGGCCCUCCCUGUGCAGUACAUCAUCCACUGCAACACCAGCCAGGGCGGGGCAUACUACUUCUCACACCUCAACAUGCUCAUCUCCACGGUGGGGGCGGUGGUGGUGACGCUGCCGCUGGCCCUGCUGCUGUCCCUGCUGGCCGAGUCCCCCGUGGUGGGCCUGGAGCGAAUACUGCUGAGGCCUAACCACAACACACCGCGGCCCGCACCACCUAGUAAAGGAGAGGCUGCCCCACCACCGCCUGCCAACCCCGAUGGUGACAGCGCAGAGGCAGGCACCACCAUCACCACCACCACCACCACCACCACCACCAAUGGAGUGGGUUUCUCUAACCCCGUCUUUACUGUAGAGGAAGUGACUAAAGCAAGCUGAGAUGUGGAUCAGGAGGGAAAGGAAGGCCUCACCAAAGGUGCCACUACUACUACCACUACUGCUUCUACUACUACUACUACUACUACUACUACUACUACUACUACUACUACUACUACUACUAUUACUACUAUUACUUCUGCUACUAUUACUACUAUUACUACUAUUACUACUACUACUAAUGAUGAUAAUGAUAGGCUACUAGUCAAACGCACUGGGCUUCUCGAGGCAGAAUAAAAUGUAUUAAAAUCA